AUGGCCACGGGAGUAGCGCGAUCAGCGGUUUUGCUCCCGCACCGCGUUGGGAGCUGCCCAACGACAUCGAACUCGUUGCUGGCGACUCUCCCCGGUCUGCGCAACGCCUCGACGAGAUCAGUGUCUCUACAACACUCCCUCCUCUCACAGAUCAGAAGCGUCAGCUCCGUACCUAAUCGAUCGUCACCUCUAUCGCGGCCUGUUGGUCCUCGUUGCUUCGCGCAACGGCACCCGGUCCCGUUCGCUGGAAAGCCUCAGUUGCCCGCCUCGAUCGCGAUUUUGCGUUAUUUCUCGGCUGGGUUCCCCAGACACCAACAAGACUCGAAACCUAUUACAGACGCGCAGACAGCGCGUGAGGAGAACAAGGAUGCGAAGCAGGCUGAGCCAACGAUGCAGGAUGGUGAACAGCUUGACGACUUCCAGAAGACCGAGAGGGCCGCCAAAGCCGCCGAGGUCAACCUGAGCGCAAAGCUGUCGAAGGAGGGCAAGUCGCAAGGCGGCAAGGCCGGGUUUUCCGAGAUAUGGCGGCUGAUCAAGAUUGCACGGCCGGAAUUGCGGUGGCUCGGAAUCGCCAUGGUUUUCCUUGUCAUCUCGUCCAGCGUCACAAUGUCUAUUCCGUUUUCCGUUGGCAGAAUCCUCGACAUGGCCACCAAGGAUCCCGCUGAGGAUGUGCGUCUGUUCGGCCUGACCAUGCCGCAGUUUUUUACUGCCUUGGGUGUCAUCUUGACAGUUGGAGCCGUGGCUAAUUUCGGACGUGUGAUUCUUCUACGCAUUGUUGGCGAGAGGGUUGUCGCCCGCCUGCGGUCGUCCCUUUACAGGAGAACGUACGUCCAGGACGCCGAGUUUUUCGAUGCGAACCGAGUCGGAGAUCUCAUCUCACGUCUCAGCUCUGAUACCGUUAUCGUUGGCAAGUCCAUCACCCAGAACAUCAGCGACGGUCUGAGGGCUCUGUUUAGCGGAGGAGCCGGCUUUUGUGUUAUGGUCUGGCUCAGCCCGAAGUUGACUGGGCUGCUCCUCAUCAUGCUGCCCCCUGUUGCCGUCGGUGCUUUCUUCUAUGGACGCUCAAUCAGGAAUGUGAGCAAGGGCAUCCAGAAGAACUUGGGUACGCUGACCAAAAUCGCUGAAGAGCGUCUCGGCAAUGUGAAGACGAGUCAGGCGUUCGUCGGCGAGGUCCAAGAGGUUGGUCGCUACAAUAAUCAGGUCAAGAAGAUAUUUGCUCUGGGCAAGAAGGAGUCUACGAUUGCAGCAACAUUUUUUGCUUCGACGGGCUGGGCUGGCAACAUGACCAUCCUUGCCAUGCUUGUUGUCGGUGGCAACUUUGUUCGCGAGGGGGCCAUGAGCCUCGGCGACCUGACAUCUUUCAUGAUGUACACUGCUUUCGCGGGCUCCAGCUUGUUCGGUCUCUCAUCCUUCUACUCUGAGCUGAUGAAGGGAGUUGGCGCUGCUAGUCGCUUGUUCGAGCUCCAGGACCGGAAGCCUGGCAUUUCCCAAACCGUUGGACUUAAGGUUAAGUCGGCACAAGGUCCCAUCAAAUUCUCCAACGUCUCGUUUGCCUAUCCCACGCGACCGGCAGUCAAGAUCUUCAACGACCUGAACUUCGAAAUCCCUUGGGGCAGCAACGUUUGUGUAGUGGGACCAUCCGGUGGCGGCAAGUCAACUGUUGCUGGUCUGCUCCUGCGGUUCUACAACCCCACCUCCGGUUCUAUCACCAUUAACGGCGUCGACAUUUCAAGAAUGAACGUCAAGUCUUUGCGGCGUCGCAUCGGCAUGGUCGCGCAAGAGCCCGUUCUGUUCUCCGGCAGUAUUGCCGAGAACAUUUCAUACGGCAAACCUAACGCCACCCGCGCAGAAAUAAUCGCGGCUGCUCGCCAGGCGAACUGCAAUUUUAUCAGCGAUCUUCCCGCCGGCUUAGAUACGCAGGUCGGCGCCCGAGGCUCUCAGCUCUCAGGGGGGCAGAAACAGCGCAUCGCCAUCGCACGAGCACUGAUUAAAGACCCUGACAUCCUCAUUCUUGACGAAGCCACCUCGGCCUUGGACGCAGAGUCUGAGACACUCGUCAACGCCGCUCUUGCAUCGUUGCUCAAGGGCAAAAACACGACCAUCUCGAUUGCGCACCGACUGUCGACCAUCAAGCGAUCGGAUCUCAUCAUUGUGCUUUCUAACAAUGGCGGGGUUGCCGAGAUUGGGAAAUACACGGAGCUGGCGGCCGACAACAACAGCGCGUUUAGCAAGCUCAUGGAGUGGCAGAUGAGCGGCGGUGAGCUUCCCGACUCUCGCCCCGGCGACAGAGGCCAUAUUACAGAGUCCGAAGAGAUUGAGUCGGACCUUGGGCGAGAGGACCCCGAGGGGGAUGUAGAGAGCCAGCUGCAGGAGGAGAUCAAGGAGCAUACACGGCGGUGA